AGAUCUUAUGGCAUUUCGCGUGGGCGUUUAAAGCCCAAAUUGCCGGGAAUGAAAGAAAUUAUGUUCACACAUUCCUGUUUCAAAGUGGGUACGGGUACGUAACAGACGGGAAACGGUUAUAGAACAAGCAUUUAUGUAUGUAGAGAUGUAUAAACAAUAUUGCUUGCUAUAUAUGACUACGAGGGUAAUGAUGGUUAGAAGAUUUUCCCUUUAGAGAAUUCAUUCAGCCUACUGGCUAUUUUUCCAACUCAAUUUGUGAAUUUAUAGACGAGCUACAUUCAUAAGGACGUCUUGUUUUAAAUUGCCGCAAUACACACGCAAUACUUAAGCGAUUUAAGACGUAUUGGAUUUUUAAGCUAAAAAUAAAAUUGUGAGUAAUAUGAUGGUAGGUCCAAGCCUCAUAAGGCACUGCAGGUGACACAGGAAACGUGUAUGAGCCUAUAUGGGUAACGCUCGGCGCUCUCUGUCCACCCUGUAAGGAAACUAGAAUGAGGAUAAUGUAUGCACUCGUAUGAUUCAUAACAAUAUAAAUGUAUUCUAUAUGUGCGGAUUGUUUACUUCCGCUGUGCAGAACGAAAAUAAAUCACGUGUAGGCAACAAAUCUAUAAACAAAUCAUUCUUGCGUAAUAAUAAUCGUGUCCAAUUUCUAAAACAUUGUAAGUAAUUAUUAACUAUGCCUACUUGAUUAUGGGCAUCGAAGGUCUUCUGCUACUUCUAAUUACACCUGUAUGGAUCAUCAUUAAGGUAAUACUUAAUGAUUCAAUACACGCAUUUCAAUGUAACAGGUUAAUUCGCACUCUUCAUUCAUUCAGCACACGACCUUGUUCUCGGUUAUCAACUUACGGUAAAUUUAAUGACCGUAUUGUUCAAAGACUAAGUAAAUUCUGAUAAGAUAGAUAACAUUCGCAAACCCGUACGACGAGCCUUGCCCCUCCAAGCACACCCAGCCUGUAAAGCCAGUUCACCGCGCGCUCUGUCCGUGAGCGGACGCAUCGCGCUCCCCCAAAAAUAAUUACGACCACCAAAUAGGCAAACAGGAUGUAUUUACUCCGCUUCGGGAAUAGUGAUGAGAACAAAUAACAAUAGCUUCUAAAAGGAACACCUACAUUGCGUUAUCGAUCAACAGCAAAUUAAUGUGAAGUACCUGACCUUGCGAAUCGACUACGAAUAUUAGAUUAGUCAUAGUUUUAUUUUGUGUUUACAAAUCGAACGCUCGAUUGAGAUAGUGCGUUAAUUGAAAUAGAGAUGGGAUUAAAGUAAUCCAUUUUUACUUCAAUAUUUGUGCGAACUCUUUGGAUUGUUGAAAAUGACGAUGUUGGCGGUGAAGAACUUCUUCAUGCCGGAGAAGAGAGUGGACUCUCCGAGGUUUUCGAGGAUGCCGGAAGCAUUAAUGAGGUCCAUAAGACGACGCUCUCUAAGAGUAAAGAGAACGAAAUCGCUGGUCCUCGUAAACGAAAAAAGAAAAUCCGAUUCAUUUGUAAAUAGUCAAGAAUGGACUGCUGCCCGUGGUGUAACAGAAUUACGAGUAGGAGUAUUGGGCUCUCCUGACAGUGGAAAAUCGGCUCUUGUUCAUCGGUAUUUAACUGGGGCAUAUAUGCAAGAGGAAAGUCCCGAAGGUGGGCGCUUCAAGAAAGAAGUGAUUAUCGACGGUCACAGCUAUCUUCUACUAAUACGAGAUGAAGGAGGAGCACCAGAAAUGCAGUUCACGGCCUGGGUAGACGCUGUUAUCUUCGUGUUCAGCCUGGACAACGAGAUCAGUUACAAUACGGUUUCGAACUACUUUAAUAAAAUGUCCCAUUAUAGAAAUUCCGCAGAGAUUCCAAUCAUAUUGGUCGGAACCCAAGAUGCCAUAAGUGAAAGUAGUCCACGCGUGGUAGACGACAACCGCGCUCGCAAGUUGUCGAAUGAGCUGCGAAGAUGUUCUUACUAUGAGACUUGUGCUACGUAUGGCCUGAACGUGGAACGAGUAUUCCAAGAUGCGUGUCAAAAGAUUGUGGGGACGAGGCUUUCGGCUUCUUCACAAUGUUUGUCUGGAGGCUCCAGGCCUGUGACUCCACAGCCGUUGGUAAAUUCACCUAGCCACAACCACUCCACAUUCCUUUACAAGGACUCUCUACCACGCGGUCACCACACACUGUCUGCCUCAUCCCACCACCUGCACCGAGGCGCCCAGUCCUUUGACGCGUCAUCAAACAGCAGCGGGAUUUCUUCGACCCACGUCGUUGAAAUUCACAGCACAAAUGGAUCUGAUACGUCAUCACGAUGGGGCAACUCGCUUGGCAGUCAUGGCUCAUCAUCAGGACUCGUAUCCAUAGCGACAGAAAACAACAAUGUCAAAUUUACUGCUCCUCAUUGCCUUGACAACCUUCAGGCCCCCAAAGAUUCCAAAGACCUCCCGACACCGUCGUCAACGCCCACCACGUCAAGAAAGUCUCGAAGGAGAUCGAAUCUCUUCACGCCUUCCAAAAAGGGCGACGAUAGGCUUAAGAAUGGAGAGCUCGGCUCAGGAAGAGCUAUUCCCUUAAAACAGGGCUACUUGUACAAGAAAAGUAGUAAGGCAUUGAACAAAGAAUGGAAGAAGAAAUAUGUCACGUUAUGUGAUGAUGGAAGGCUAACUUAUCAUCCAAGCUUACAUGAUUACAUGGAAGAUGUAAACGGGAAGGAGAUCUCUCUGCAGUACGUAACUGUGAAGGUUCCGGGUCAGAAACCCAGGGGCUCCAAGUCUAUCAUCACAACUGUGCCCGGUUACAACGGGUACAGCAGUCUUGACAUACAUGACAGCAUUGGAGGUCUCUCAAUUGGCUACAAGGACAAGCCAACGCGAGCCACGGACAAAGCUUUGCUCUCAGCAUUUGAAACCAUGAAGGAGCCUGCUACUAGCCGACAGUCUCUUGCAUCGGAAGUCGAGGUCGGAUCCACUAAUGGACAAGAUAAGGAUACACCACAUGUUAAGAAGCGACAUCGACGGAUGAAGAGCAGUGGCGUUAAGAAAGAUGGUGAUGAAGACGGCGAAUACGCGACGUCGUGCGAGUUCACGAUAGUGAGCCUGGACGGCAAGCGCUGGCGCUGGGAGGUGUGCGGCGGGGCGGGCGGCGCGGCGGGCGCGGGCGCGGCCGCCGCCGAGCGGGACGCCUGGGUCGCCGCCGUCGAGGCGCAGAUACUCGCCUCGCUGCAGGGACGGACGUCCCGGCAGCCGAUGCCGACGGGAGCGAACUCGACGGGCGACGUGCGCGCCACCUACUACAUCCGCAGGGUGCACGGGAACGACAAGUGCUGCGACUGCGGAGCUGCCGAUCCUGACUGGGCGAGCUUAAACCUAGGCGUUCUGAUAUGCAUUGAAUGUUCCGGCGUACACAGGAAUCUCGGAUCUCAUAUAUCGCGAGUACGAUCGUUGGAUCUCGAUGAGUGGCCAUUGAGUCAUGUGAGCGUAAUGGUGUCUCUGGGGAAUGAUCUCGCGAAUUCGAUAUGGGAGGCUGAUCUGAGGGGCCACGUGAAACCCAUGGCCACAUCUAGUCGGGAGGAGAAAGAAAGGUGGAUUCGCCUGAAGUACGAGAGGCGAGCGUUCAUCAGCAGCGAGGUGCCUGCGUGUGGCGCGGAGGCGCUGCGGUCGGGCGGCGCGCGCGGCGGCGUGCCCGGCCUCAUGCGCGCGCUGGCCGCGCCGCCCCCGCGCGCGCCCGCGCCCGCCGAGCGCGCGCUCGCCCUGCGCGCCGCCGCCGCCGCCGGGGACCUGGCCGCCGCGCAGCUGCUCAUAUGGCACAACGGCAACCCGAACUACCCGGACGCGGACGGGCACACGUGCGUGUUCUACGCGCGCGCCGCCGCCAACCACCUGUCGGGCAUCCCGACGCAGUACCCGAAGACGCUGCAGCUGUCCUGCCCGCUGCACGCCAACCCGCCGCUCAGCACCAACAGCUCCAACACCAACUCCACCAGCUCCAACUCCAGCACCAAGAGCUCCCUCAAGAACCCCGAACCGGAAUGCAACUGCAUCAUCUUCGAACUACUUAACGCUCAAUCCGCGAGCAAGGCCCUCGUCGAGCUACUCAUCGGGCUACAAAACAAUCAGUACAUGAACGGGUAUGAUUCCUUAACCUCCCACAAUGGCGGCGGUCUCGCCGGCUUCGGUCACAACACGCUCGGCCGGCCCUCGCUCGGCCCUAACUUGUCUCUAACGAAUGGCAAAUGCGGUAGCGUGGUGUAAUACGUUUUUUUUUCUAUAAUUCUAUUGAUGUCGGUUUUGAAGUAAAUGUUAUAUUGUGACUGAAGUUAUUACCGUGAAGGUAUAAAUUAUACUGAAUAGUCUUGUGUACUGCAGUUUUGUAGGCAGCGAUGUUCACUUAUAGAAAAUUAAUGUGAUUUUCGGUGUUUAAAUGUUGAUCAUUUUAGAAAAAUAUUAGGAUGACAUUUUAUUGCUAAAUUAGUGUUGUUUUAUUUUUAUGCAAUCCCAGUGAUGAAUGAUUAGUUACUAAAGCUAAAAUUCAUAAUAUUUUAGAAAAUUAUAACUGUAGGGGUUUAUUAGAAUUCGAAACUAUACGAAAAAUAUGAACAUAUGAACAAUAUAUGAAACUAAAUUUAAAAAAAUGCACGAGUUUGAUGGAAUUUGUUGUGCAGCUUUAGUUCGAGGUGACAAAGAAAACUUUAUCAUUUAGGGUGCUAUUUCUAGUCCUAUUCAGAUCUUUUGAAAUUAAGUUAUUCAUUUUACAUACAACUGAGAAUUACAAGGGCUAACACAUAGCUUUUUCUUUUAUACAAAGUUUCAUCUACAAAACUGCGGUCCACAUUUUUGUAUAAUAUGUGUAGUGUUUUAAUAUGUUAAAUGUAUACAUAUUACACACGACUGACGGUACUCUUGACGUAAUCUCUGAUUCAUAGAAAAAAAUAUUCAAAUUUGUUAAAAUUAUGUGUCUGUCAAUUUGAAAGUUAAUUAAAUUAGACAAUUGUUAGUGUAAUAAAAUGUGUAUAUUUCUGUCUUUGUUUAGUCUGUGGGCUGAAUAGAGGUAGUUAAGGCUGGAACCACUUACUGCAACGUUUAAAAAGAAAAAACUGAAUCACAUACUAAUGGUUAGCAGAUCGAAAGUGUUUAAUUGUGACGCGAUUAACCUAUAGUCUGGAAACUGGUAUCCUAUUCAUAAAACUGCAAAAAAAGAAUAGAUUUUAUGUUUAGACUCUUUUAAAAUACUCUAUUGGAACUAGCGGUAAGUGUGUACAGCCUUACUAUAUUUUUUUCAUAACGUAUUACAGUCUACAUAUCCGGUGUUUAUAGUUCAAAUUUUUAAUACAAUUUUUUUCUAGUGUUCUAGAUUAGGUACCAAUUGUAUUUUAGAUCACAAUCAUUGUUCACAUUACGCAAACCAACUAGGGAAAUUGUUACAAUAAUAUUCGAAAAAAAAAAUAGGUGUUUCAAUUUUGUUUUCAGUGUAAAGUUCGUAAUAAAAAUCACUGUCACCCUUUACUUUUGUAUAUUUAGAAACUUUAUACUUUAUAGACAAUUUCCAUCAUUGCAAUCACGGUAUUGUUACCGUUAUAGUGUGCUACCGAUAAUAUAAGCUAAUGCUAUCACAGGCAUACGUAAUUAUAUCUAGAAAAACUAGUCUACGUGACACUACGGAUUUAGUACCAAAUAAGUACCGUAUUGACUAUGCGAAUGUAGCGACGCUCCGAUUUAGGUUGAUAGUAACCUCAACUCUUUCGAAGAGCCUGGUUUAGCUAAAUUCGUUAGUCGACGUUUAAAUAUAGAUUUAUAGUUAUACAUUUAUGUAAAGUUGCUGUGGAAAUGCUACUGGUAGUCUUUUAACUUUAUAAUAAAUGCUUACUGAUAACCAGGUAUUUUAAGACGACAAUUGGAUGUAUUAAACACCAAUAUCAUUUCCUCAGUUAACUAAGAAACCGGUACUUAUUAUAACCAUUACAGUUUCCAUAAAAGUCACAGUUUAGUAUAGAUACUAAUCGUUUAGAAGCGAGAUCUCAGCUCAAUGCUAUUUGUAGGGUAUAGGAUAAUUUAGAUGUAAUUUCUCAUGCUUUACCCUAGAGCCCUUGGGAGUGGAGUCUGUUGCUCAUUAGGUGGUGUUAUCAACAUUCAUAUAAAUGUUUAGUACUUUUGCUAUAUUAUACUAAUAUCUACGUAUGUAUAGUUUGUUUAUAACAUUAUCAGGAAAAAACAGUCAUUGUUAAUAAAAAGUUGAGUUAUCACCUUUUACCAAUAUAAAAUGUAACUAUCAUUUAAUGUCAAAAGAUUUUUGUGACAUCAUUAAUGGGUAACGGGCAUUUAACAUUCCAUUUGUAUAGUAUACAACACCCCAAGGGCUAAAUAGUCGAUGUGAUAUACUUAAGGUCUCCCUUAAUAAACCAAAAUGUACUGACCCUUCUGUGCCUACUUUUAGGUAGUACGCUUUUCGACUAUAGGCCAGGAGCUAUAGUACACUAAAAAUAUUUUACAUGCAUCACAAGCUCCUGGACUAUUGUCUUAUUUCCAAUUUGUAAAGUAUUUCAUUGUAAUCGCGUUUUAGGGUUAACCUUUUAGAUGUUCGUGCUUUCAGUUUUUAUUAUUACAGUUGUAAUGAAUUCGGAUUUAUUAUGUUUCAAGAUUUGACUGAUAUUGCUUGAAGACCGCAUACUGAUAGCAAAAUGUUGAUUGAUCACCAAACUUUUUAAAUAAUAACUAAUGCAUCUUUAAAAAUGUAAAUUGCUUGCAAUAUCAGUUUAAUUUUGAAGCUAACGUUUUUAAAUAUGAGAGUUAAACUAUAACUUUAUAAUUGCAAAUGUCGUACAGAAAUUAGGUCUCGGACUGGACUACCCACGAGGCUUGCUUAAGAAAUUUAUUUGACAUUAUACAAACAAUGUAAUGUAAUUUAUUCGAUUGUGUAAUAAUUCUGUUGGUCACUUUCCCGCUGUUGUAAUCAUUGCCUUACGGUAUAAAAUUCAUUCUAUUUCAAUAGUUCUUUAUCGUUGAGGCCAUAUUUUGUCUGGCACCGCUCGUGGGCUGGAUUGUACAUUUUAAGCGAUACCACAUAAUUCUUGGCUAUCUCUAAGAGGGCUUUGUACAAUUAAAUCUACAGUUAAUUAUUACUUAUUGAUUAUUUUACUUAAAACGUUACAUUUCUCGUAAUCGUCUUGUAAAUGUUACUUACAUAGAAAAUUUAUAAUUAUAAUUUACGAAAUGAGAAAUUUAAGUUUGUUUGUACAUUUAGCGAUAAAUUCGUUUACCGACGCAGUAUUCGACACAAUUGUAAAAAAAACACAUUAGAAUUUCUGAGCACUUUGUAUAGUGAAUUUUAACAUUAUUUUAUUUAAGUCCUCUGUUGAAAAUUUAUUGAUAAUUUUAAAUUAUGUUAUGUUGCGUUACUUGGUUCCGCAAGUGUAUUAAGAUUUUUUAAAGUUUUUUUUUGUAAAUUCUUUUAGAAAGCCAAAGAGCUUAAUUGUAAAUAUAUCGUAUUAUGCAGCUGUGUUCGUUAGCUGUGGAUAAUUCUUUCGUUAUUGUAAUUUUUAAGAGAUCCGUUAACGUUUUUUCUUGUGAGAAUAAAAUGAUAUGGACGUAUGAA